AUUAGAAAUCAGCACCGGGCCACAUCUUUUUCUCUCCUUCCAUAGAUAACGAUAUGGUGCUGCGGAAAGUGUGUUGUUCCAUGCAGUGGAUAAGAGGCUGGGGGUAGUUACAAAGUCGGUACAAACAAACUACCAAAGAAGAAGUCGGAGGGGGGACUACACUCUACCCCUCUUUCAUCACACAGAAACAGAACGAGGUUAACGCAACCAAUACUAAUAACAAUAAUAUUAAUACUACUGUUAGUAAAAUUAAAAGAAAUAAUUCUAUUACGUCACCUGAAUUGGCAAUUUGUUGUUCCCUAACAGAACACUUCUGGCUACAUUCCGAUGGCCGAAAUGUUGGCAGGAAGAACAUUAUAGGAUUUCUCACUUUUAACUUCGUCACUUCUAGCUUUAUCUGUGUUAUUUCUGUUUAUUGCAAUGGCAGUUUAAAUUCAAUUUGUGACUGGUGGUGACAAAUUGGAAGUCAUAUGUGAAAAUGGGUCGUACCAAGGCAUCUGGCAACAGCAGCCAUGCUAGUCACAACAGCAGUCCAAGCAACUCUGAUCUUGGAUUGACUAACAGUACUGCUGAAAUUAAGAUGAAAGAAAUACUGAAAGAUUUGUAUCAUCUGAUUAUUCAAGUUCAGGAGGAGCGUGCGCGCGGUGAACAUAAUUUAUCUAAUAUUUCUAAAACUCAUGAAAGAAUGCAGCAGGAACAGCGGAACAAUCCAGUCACAACAAAAGGAGAAGCAAAAGCAGCAUUAGCUAUUUCAUUCACGCCUUACUACAAAAAUAAACUACGAGGUUUAUAUAACACAGCCAUGCAGGAUGCUGAAGCAGAAGCUGAGCUAGUUAGAAAAGCUUUGGAUAAAAUUUCUGAAAUAAAAUCUAUACAAGAAAACCGAAGACUUGGAAAACUUGAUAGUGACCGUCCCAAGCCAAUUAUUAGACGUGGUGUCCUAAUGACAAUGCUACAACAGAAUGCUGUAUCACUACCCUUAUGGGUCAGCAAACCUGGGGAAAAGCCUCCUCCACUAUGUGGAGCAGUUCCAGCAGAUGCUAAUUAUGUGGGCAAAACCGGUGACAAAGUUGCUGCCAGAGUUAAGGGUCAAGAUGGAGAAGAAGAGAAUUGGAUCUUAGCUGAAAUAUCUUCCUAUACUCCAGCUACUGGUAAAUAUGAAGUUGAUGAUAUUGAUGCAGAGGAGAGCAAUGAGAGACAUUCUUUGAGUCGAAGGAGGAUCGUACCACUGCCAAUUUGGAAAGCUAAUCCAGAAACAGACCCUGAUGCCUUGUUCCCAAAAGAAACGCUGGUCUUGGCUCUGUAUCCACAGACUACAUGCUUUUAUCGUGCACUCAUCCAUGAACCACCAAAAAGGGUACUAUUAAUUUUGUUGUUACUUUUUACCUUUGGUAAAGUCUCUCUGUUUUUAUGAAAACAUUUAACCCUUUAGCAUUCAGAUUA